GUCACAGCAAAGCCUGCACCUCCGAGCACCGCGCGCAGUCCUGCCCCCGGCACGGUUCCCAGGGGCGCUUCUCCGGCUGCUUGUAGCACGGGUCUCACUGUCCCCGCCGUCAGCCACCAGUUCCUUAUCAGUCUCAUUCCCCAUUGUGGCUUGGCUGAGCCCGUUCCCAGUCCUCGCUGUCUUCUUUGCCUUCUUCCUCUCUCCUCCUCAGCGGCCGUACUUUGCGCCGUACCUCACCUGGCCUGCAGGAUGAAGAACCCCAUGCUGGAGGUGGUGUCUCUACUACUGGAGAAGCUGCUCCUCAUCUCCAACUUCAUGCUCUUCAGUUCGGGCGCCACGGGCGAAGACAAAGGGAGGAACAGUUUUUACGAAACCAGCUCUUUCCACCGAGGCGACGUGCUGGAGGUGCCCCGGACCCACCUGACCCACUAUGGCAUCUACCUAGGGGACAACCGUGUUGCCCACAUGAUGCCUGACAUCCUGUUGGCUCUGACGGACGACAUGGGGCGUACGCAGAAGGUGGUCUCCAACAAGCGUCUCAUCCUGGGCGUCAUUGUCAGAGUGGCCAGCAUCCGCGUGGACACAGUGGAGGACUUCGCCUACGGAGCUAACAUCCUGGUCAAUCACCUGGACGAGUCCCUCCAGAAGAAGGCACUGCUCAACGAAGAGGUGGCGCGGAGGGCUGAGAAGCUGCUGGGCUUUACCCCCUACAGCCUGCUGUGGAACAACUGCGAGCACUUCGUGACCUACUGCAGAUAUGGCACCCCGAUCAGUCCCCAGUCCGACAAGUUUUGUGAGACUGUGAAGAUAAUUAUUCGUGAUCAGAGAAGUGUUCUUGCUUCAGCAGUCUUGGGAUUGGCGUCUAUAGUCUGUACGGGCUUGGUGUCAUACACUACCCUUCCUGCAAUUUUUAUUCCAUUCUUCCUAUGGAUGGCUGGCUAACUUCAUACCCCCAUGUCAGUGUGUGUAUUCUGUAUGUAAAUAUUUUUAUAUUUAUAGAGCAUCAAUCAGUAUAAGCAUUAUUGAGAAAAAUGUGACCUGUAACACUGUGUUCUGGAUAAAAAUGUGAUUAGGAAUCACGCAGAGUGCUUACUGUGUAAGCCCAAGAACAAAGGCUUUCUGAAUCUUCUCAGGCAGUUCAGAUUUAAAGCACCAUCCAAGCCUUGGAAAUAUGACAGGUUAUGGUAGAAUUCAGC